UAUAUCGAUGGUUUUAAACCUAGGUGUGCAUUUGGACCAUUCAAAGGCGAAUUUGAAGAAGUAUGCCCUACAAAUGAUCCGGUUGCCAUCUUUCUGAUUUUCCAAAUGGGCCCCGCCGGCAUGCAUACAUUCGGGCCCACUGAAAAUUAUGUGCCGGCUAUAUGCAUUGCAAUCGAUAAAAAGCAUACUGGGAGACAAAAGACAUAUGUUUUUCUUUUGUCGCACUAAUAGUCACUGUAUAAAUACGUGUAAAGUCAUAAUUAUACAUUUUUCAAACAAAUAGCUAAAUUAUAUAAUCUUAUAAUCCAAUGACCUCAAACAUAAGCUUCAUUAAUCUUAUAACGCUAAAAUUGUCAUAGAGUUAGUAAUUAGUAUGCUUGUGAUGUGCUUGCUAUAUUCUCAUCAUAUUAGUAUAGAGAUGUGCAAGAUAUAAAUAACAAUAUAUUGAAAUAAAUAAAGGUGGGCAAUGAUGGAGUAAACGUGAUAGGUUUGACAUGACCCCACGAUGGCGAAGAAAUGAAAGUAAAAACAUUAGAAAAAGUACCUAAUGAUAGAAGAACAGGUUGUUCCCCAAAUCUGAAAGCAAAAAUUAUUUCGAAGAAUAAAUAUUACAUACAAAGAUAAAGCUGCAAAUUUGAAUUUAUCUUGUAACUUUUGAAUUUUGAUGUUUUUGUUUGGUCAACAACUGAUCAGCAUGCAUGACCCUGAUAAACCUUCUUUCUUUACUUCACAACUUGCUACGUUCAUAUUUAAAUGGCUUGACGUUUUAUUUACUAGUUACAUUUUUCUUUAUAUAAUGUGAAUCUUUCACAGUACACAAUGACAAAUAAUGAAGAAUAUGCAGAUUUUUUUCGCAUUAUGUGGUUGGAUCAAACAUUAACAUCAAGAUUAAUUAAUUAACGAAGUUUCUCGUUUCAAUUAUAGAGCCUUGGUUAGAUUUUGAUCAUUUUUUGUUCUUUUAAGUUUUUAUUGUAGUUGAACCCACUUUAAUUUUCAUGUUCCUAAUUUUGAAGGUCUUGUAUAUUCACUAGCAGUCUAAUUCAAACUUCAAAACCCAGCUCAAGGACAAUAUUCACAACUGGCGAUAAGUAGCUUUCUCCUUCUGAAACCAUCAUAAAUAUUAUUGAUGAUCUCAUUCAUGUAGAUGUACAAACCAAACAUAAAAUAACAUAUCAUUGCUUUAUAUGUAGUACUAAUAGUCUAGUACGUACGUAGUACAGAACCACAAAUCAAGUUGUAUGUCAUGUAUCUACCACGCUAUCUAUCUUCCAUGAAUAACAUGCAUGAGAAGCAAUAAAACAUAGAAAUCAUGAUGAUAAUAUCAUCGCCUUUAGCCAUUCAGUUCCCUAUUUACCUAACCCCACUCAAAUUUUAAAACGUUAAUGUCCAUUUUUUUUUUCAUUUUUGUCUUAUACACUGGUAAAUGUCAAUAUAUUGUAAAAUCUGUACUGGAGGAAUACAUAUAAAUGAUAUUUUUCUUAAAAAAAACUUACAAUGCGGUAUAAGAAUUAGUAUAUACAAAAAUGACAAUUCACUAUCUCACGGAUAAACCAGUAAAUUUUAUCUUGUUGAAAUUAAUCGUGAUGAUGGACACACACUAUCCAACCACUAUUGUCAUCAACAUAUUCUUUACAAUUUGACUGCGUUAAGAAAUAAAUUUUCUCCUUAAUUUCUUCAGUGGUUUGCCUUUUUCUCCUUUUUAGUUAUUUAAUUUAAUUUAAUUUUUUUCCUCACAACCCACCAAGAUAAAUAGGUACAUGGUAUCCCCUGAAUUCAACAUAUUCACACAACGAACAUCUCGUAAAGAAAAUAAAAACAAUGAGUGAGCUUUUCGACACUCUCCCCACUUGGGAUCUCCAUAACCUUGGAUCACUCUUCAACCAAAACUUCAACUUAGAUGCAUGUUACAACAUUGAUGAAUCGCCGGAGCAUAUACUCCGUUCGCCGGAGGUGGAUAUUAUCGGUGAUGUAUCCACCGGCUACCUCGAAGACGCACUCAUCGAAUUCCGUGUGAAAAGCAAGCGGAGACGUCUUUCGUUCAACGCCGAGGACAAACCAAAUAAUCACUUUGACAAUUAUCAGAAUGAUUGGAGAAUCUCUGAGAAUUAUAGCUGCACGAGUAGUCAGUUUGCAGAUGAAUCUCCAAAUUCAUCCAUUAAUAUUUUUCCAGAAUCUUCAAAUCAGCCGAAACACUCUUUCGAGCCAUCUUCAUCCACUUCAGAGAAACAUUACUGUGACAAUAAGAAGAGAGUAGUGUAUCCAUUUGGACUGGUGAAACCAGGUGGUCGAGAAGAAGAUGUAACCCUAAACGACAUAAAUAAGAAGAUUCUCAUGCCGUCGGCUCGGCCAGUUCGGCAUCCGGUUGGAGCCUUUGCAUGCCGUCCGUGUCUCUCUGCUCAUGGACCGGGUCUUUCAGGCAAAGCCGUGGUUGCUUUCACAAAGAUACAAACAUCAGGGAGGGGUACAAUUACUAUAAUAAGAACCAAGGGAUGAGAUAUAUGUAAUACUCGUACCUAGACAGGGCAAUCUUUAUAGAUAGUAAGUAGUGUGUACUCGAGAUGAUAAAACAACGUUAAUCAUUGGUUGUCAUGUUUAAACGUCUUCGUGUGUAUAAUGAAAAAAUGGUUAUGCGUUUUUCUGUUUCUUUU